AUGUCAAAAUUCAAUGCCUAUACGGUCGGAUGGAUUUGUGCUGUUGGAAAAGAACUUGUUGCUGCAAAGUCAUUUCUUGACGAGGAGCACGACCCGCCAGACCAUGUACCCAACAACGAUAAUAACACAUACAUAUUGGGUCGAAUAGGAAAGCAUAGUAUCGUCAUCGCUGCGAUGCCAGUCGAUCAAUAUGGCCUGGUUAGUGCUGCGACCGUUGCUAGAGACAUGAUGCGAAGCUUUCCUGGUGUUAGGAUUGGCCUGAUGGUAGGAAUUGGCGGUGGCGCACCGUCUUUGAAGCACGAUAUACGUUUAGGCGACAUAGUCGUGAGCUGCCCAAGUGCUGGAAUUGGCGGCGUGUUACAAUACGAUCACGGCAAAACGAUACAAGGCAAAAAGUUCUCUGAAAAAGGACAUCUGAAUCAACCGCCACAGUUCGUCCUGACAGCAUUAGCAGUGCUCGAGGCCGAGUAUGAGAGUGAGGGCCAUCGGAUAGAGGAAGCCGUUGAUGAAAUACUCGAGAAAAAGCCGAGACUGCGACAAAAGUACCGUCGUCCAGACGCCAGCACAGACAGGCUAUACGUAUCAAGUUUUACGCAUAAAGGGGGCGAUGAGGCAAGAUGUACCGAAACUUGUGGUGACGACAAAUCCAACCUAGUCUCUAGGGAAGACACAUCGGAAGUGAGAGAUAAUCCUACGAUCCAUCGCGGUUUAAUCGCCUCUGCAAACCAGUUGAUGAAAAAUGCUCUGGUUAGGGAUACACUUUCGAAGGAGAAGGAUGUUUUAUGUUUCGAGAUGGAAGCCGCUGGGCUCAUGAACCACUUUCCUUGCAUAGUGAUUCGGGGUAUAUGCGACUAUUCAGACACCCACAAGAAUGAUCAGUGGCAGGGCUAUGCAGCGAUGGUGGCAGCUGCUUAUGCGAAGGACCUUCUCUGUAAGAUUGCUCCGAAUAAGAUCGAAGCCGAGAAAACACUCAGCGAGGCCCUUUCUAAUAUUGAUUGCAAAUUGAGUGACGUCCAAUCCCGAAUCGCCAACUUGGAGGAUGAUGAAUGCACCCAAAGGCUUGUGACUUGGCUUUCUGCCCCAGACCCAUCAACCAAUUUAAAUCGAGCCUUAGAUCACCACCACCCAGGUACAGGUUCAUGGCUACUUGAUAGCGCCGAAUACUUGUCGUGGAUAACUAGAGAGAACUCCAUCCUCUGGCUUAACGGCAUACCUGGAUGCGGCAAAACAGUUUUGUCCUCCACUAUCAUCGAGGACCUAGAAAACGCUAAGGGCUACGCUUCCAAGCUCUUGUACUUCUACUUCGACUUUAAUGAUUCGGCGAAGCAAACAUUUCAGCACAUGCUUUGUUCAUUAAUCAUCCAACUAUACCGUAAAGAAAACAGUGUUAGACAUCACUUGGACUCCCUUUACAACCGACAGAAUAAACAUGACCGACGCUUAAGCAUCGAAUCAUUACGUACAACCUUUAAGAAAAUGGUCUGUGAAUCAGGCGAAUUGUUCAUUGUGCUCGAUGCUCUGGAUGAAUGUGGAACCCCAGACUAUCCAAAAGGCGGGCUACUGGGAUGGAGCUCUUCUAUAGGGGCAUUGGAAAAGAAUAUCCAUCUUCUCGUCACUAGCCGUAUUGAACAUGGUAUCAAGAGCGUUAUUAAGAAAUGGCCAUUUCCAAAAGAUACCGUUACUCUAAGAUGCAGUUUCAUACACGAUGAUAUAAGCAGGUAUAUCGAAGCAAGACUCCAAGGACCUGAGUUUUGGGAUUGGCCAAGAGGAGUCCAAGAAAGCACGAAAAUAAUAUUGGUAAACAAAGCCGACGGAAUGUUUCGCUGGGUCGUAUGCCAGCUCGACACCCUCAAACAUUGUCAUCAUCAGAAAGCAGUCCAAGAAACUCUGAACUCCCUCCCGAAAACCCUAGAUGAGACGUAUGCUCGUAUCUUGGAAAACGUACCUGAACAACAGCGCCCCUAUACAACGCGAAUUUUACAGUUUCUAGCCUAUUCUGAUAGGCCCCUUACAAUCCGUGAACUCGCUGAAGCGGCUGUAGUGGAAAUGGAAAGGAGAGACCCAUUCGACCCGGCCUGCAGACUGUGGAAUGCCCAAGAGAUCAUCAAAUAUUGUUCCAAUUUAGUGGUUAUUGCCGCAUGGACUGGGACGGAAAUACAACUUCAUUUACGACUUGCGCAUUCCUCGGUCAAAGAGUACUUAACUUCAACAAACCUAGCUGGAAACCUUGGAAAUGACUGUUUAAUAGAGCUCAGUGCUAGAGCUUCAAUUGCCAAAGUUUGCAUCGCCUACCUCCUACAAAUAUGCAAGAGAGGGAAAGUUCCAUCGGGCUUUAUAGGAUUUGACCAAGACUAUCCGCUAGCUUGCUACGCUGCUUCAUAUUGGAUAAGCCAUGCCGUAGUGGUUGAAUCUAGUUCAGCAGCAAUCACAAAUUUCAUAUUGGAAUUCCUUUCGUGCCCAGAGGCGUGGAAGCUUUUCAAUUAUAUACGCCGAAAGGAUCAUCAGCUAUACAACCUUAAGCUCAAUUUCGCAGCGGUCCAUGGACUAUUCCAUACAGCUCAAUAUUUAAUCAAGGACGGGGAAGAUAUAAAUGUCGUGGUAACUCGGGACUUCACCUCUCGGAGCGAAAACUGUGCCCUUUGGAAUGCCGCGCGCGGAGAACAUCAUCAAAUAAUCGAGUUACUAAUGAACAAUGGGGCUGUCCUCGUUGACAAAAAUGCAAGUUUUCUCGCAGCCGCUGCAAGUAGAGGUCUCAAUGACAUGAUCAAGAAUAUGAUCAGCAAAGGCGUAGAUAUAAACAGCCACGAUACCAACCAUUGUGUGGGUCUUCUAGCAGCUGUGAAAUUUAACCAUGAAGACACGGUCAGGAUGCUACUUGACAACCACGCAGAUGUAAAAUUCGAGUGUGGAAAGCACGGUACUAUCCUUGAUGCAGCAGUGGAAACUGGAAGGUCAAAUAUGAUAAAAUUACUACUUGACCACGGAGCUGUCUUUGAAACGAGAGAUAAUAGGGGAAGAACUCCUCUGCAUAAUUCGGCUUGGUAUUAUUCACCGGAAAAGGUCAAACUAUUGGUUCAUCUCGGUGCCGACAUCAACGCAGAAGAUUGGCAAGGCCAGACUCCUCUACACCUCGUAGCUUCACGUGUAGCUUCAGGAGAAGCUUUAAAUAGGAAAUAUGAUGAGGUAGCCAAGAUCCUGAUUGAUAACGAUGCUAAUGUCAACGCGGAAGACGAUGCAGGCAGGACGGUUAUACACAUGGCUGCCAUACACAGCCACAGGAAUCUGAUCAAGCUACUUGAAGAUCGCGGCGUCAACAUUGACACAGAGAAUUUCCAAGGAAAGACUCCUCUGCAAGUGGCCAUAGAGCGGGAUCAUGAGUUUGGCGUAAGGAAACUACUCGAGUUUGGCGCGGACAUCAACAGGGUGGAUAAAUGUGGGAGAACUCCUCUGCAACUCGCCGUUGAAAAACGCUACAAAGGGGUAGCUAUGAUACUGCGGGAGAGUGGAGCGAAGGAUAAGGACCGCUGAAUUCUGAUUAGGUACCUAUAUUAACGCUUAAGGUAC